AUGUCGAAGCUGAGUGAAUUCGAUAUUUCCUUCAAUUCCUUCAACCAUUUGGAAGUUCGAACAGAGAAAUUAUGGCUAGGAGGCAAUAACUUGACUGGUCUUUUCCCCUGGAAAUUUCAAAACGUUGGCUCAAAGCUUACUGUUCUUGAUAUUUCUGACAAUUUCUUGCAUGGGACGUUACCCGGAGAUAUCGACUUGAAUCUUCCACAUCCGUGCCAUUUAGAUCUUUCCAAUAAUACCUUCAAUGGAAGCCUCCCUCCAUUCUUUGGGGACCAACUUCAGAUGCUGGACUUAUCAGACAAUCAGUUCCAAGGAGAAAUUCCCCAUAGCAUGAUAAGUAAUAUGAGUUCUCUGCUAUAUCUGAGUUUUCAGGAACAUUCCCAUGUGUCCUGUCGAAGAGCAUGGAGUCGGAAUUUGUUUGACAUUCAGAAUAACGAGUUUUCAGGUGAGCUUUCAUGGUACUUGCCGGUCCUCCCCAAGUUAAAGUAUCUACUCCUUGGCGGGAACCGCUUUGAAGGGCAAAUACCACGACAAGUUUGCCAAAUGAGAGAUUUGCAUGUUUUAGAUGUUACAAGGAAGUGUCUUUCUGGUGAGAUUCUUGACUUCGUUGACAACGUUACUUGUUGUACUUGGACGGAUAAUUCUCAAGGUUUCAACCUUGAGAUUGACUACUUGGAUAAUAUUGAGAUCUUCAACAAAGGUGCUCUUCUGACUUAUUAUCGGUUGCCUCCAUAUCUUAGGGGAACAGAUGUCUCUUCGAAUAAACUAACAGGUCAAAUUCCAAUCCAAAUGACCCGAUUGGAGAUGAUUCUUUUCCUAAACAUGUCGACCAGCCUUCUCACAGGUCAAACACCUUCGUCAUUGGCAAACUUGACAGUUCUACAAAGCCUACAUCUUUCACACAACAGUCUCUUCGUUACAAUACCUCUGAAUUAA